AUGGAAAGUCUGAUCUAUUUGAUAGCAGUGAGGCCAGAUAUCAUACAUGUCGUAGGUCUCAUUAGCAAAUUUAUAGAGAAUCCAAAAGAAUUACAUUUAUUGGCUGCAAAAAUGAUCUUUCGAUGCCUAAAAGGUAUUGUCGACUUUGAAUUGGUCAAUAAAAGGGGUGAAAAGACUAAUCUAAUUGGAUUUUCUGAUAGUGAUUAUGCUGGAGACAUGGAUGAUCGAAAAAGUACUUUUGGCUAUGUGUUUAUGCUGAGUUCAGGUGUAGUCUCAUGGUCAUCAAAGAAGCAGCCAAUCGUUACUUUGUCAAUAAUUGAAGCUGAAUUUAUUGCUGUUAUUGCAUGUGCUUAA